UGUCAGUUCUGCCUAAGAAAAACAAUUAUUAUACAAGCAAUUUGAAAAUUGGAAUAAAAACAAACAAACAAGAUAUAAGUAGCUACUUUGUAUUUGUAGGCUUGGAUUAUUUUAUUAUACAGUUCAUUGUUCUGAAGACAGUAAAAGGACAAAUAAAAAAAAUAUAGAAGGGAUUUGUUUAUUUAUGAACUACAUCACAGAUCCUCAAAAACCAGAAACAAUCACAGUGACAGAAAUGGGCACACCUUUUUUUUAUUUCUUUACUUAUUAGGCCUAUUCAUCUUUACAUUAGUAUUACUAACUAAGAUACUGAUGCGGGAUAAGGUCACGUGACAAAAGAACGAAAGGACUCGGAGGACUCGAGAAAUGAACUAAUCUUUUCUUUUCCGGCUCAGACUGCAUUGGUUAACGUUAGGGAGCGGUCACGUGACAAAAGAACGAAAGGACUCGGAGGACUCGAGAGGCUGCAUUGGUUAACGUUAGGGAGCGGUCACGUGACAAAAGAACGAAAGGACUCGGAGGACUCGAGAGGCUGCAUUGGUUAACGUUAGGGAGCGGUCACGUGACAAAAGAACGAAAGGACUCGGAGGACUCGAGAGGCUGCAUUGGUUAACGUUAGGGAGCGGUCACGUGACAAAAGAACGAAAGGACUCGGAGGACUCGAGAGAUGAACUAAUCUUUUCUCUUUCCGGCUCAGACUGCAUUGGUUAACGUCAGGGAGCGGUAAUGUGUUGAACCACAACGAGACUUAAACCCGACGACUUGUCAGAUCAGAGGUGAGGUGAGCUAGACUAAAGACCCAGGUAGGCUAAGUAAUAUAUAACUAUUUUAUUGUUCUUAUAGCAUUAUAGUAUUGUCUUGUUUGUAGUGUGAUUCACGUUUGUGUAUAUAGAUGUGUUAGGGAAGUAUCACAUAACAUUUUAAUGGCCUUUUGCUAAAAUGAACGAAAUGAACGAAAUGACUCGAAAAAAGAUUCGUUCAUUUUGCUGAACGAGACUCAAAGAUCCGAGUCGGUAAAAUGAUCCGAACUUCCCAUCACUAGAAUCCAGUGUGCCUAAAAAGCAGUAGAAGAAGACAAAUUAAAACUGAACUUUAGAACCUUAGUGUCUGAUAAGAAGCCAUUUCACAUUGGUGUAAACCAAAGCUUACAUGUUCUAUCAUAUUUAUUGAACUUAAAGUUUUAUGGAGAGACAGAAGAGCACUGAUGAGGAGAGAGAGGAGGAGGAUGCUGUUGUUGUCCACUGCCAGAACCAGAGAGCACCACCUCCAGAGCCCAGCUGUGUGUCCAUGAAGAGUGAUAGAUCCAUAAAUCCGCCUCCUGUUUUCAGUGAUGGCCUCAGAACUGAAAGUUUUAUGGAGAGACAGAAGAGCACUGAUAAGGAGAGAAAGGAGGAGGAUGCUGUUGUUGUUCACUGCCAGAACCAGAGAGCACCAUCUCCAGAGCCCAGCUGUGUGUCCAUGAAGAGUGAUAGAUCCAUAAAUCCGCCUCCUGUUUUCAGUGAUGGCCUCAGAACUAAAAGUUUUAUGGAGAGACAGAAGAGCACUGAUAAGGAGAGAAAGGAGGAGUAUGCUGUUGUUGUUCACUGCCAGAACCAGAGAGCACCAUCUCCAGAGCCCAGCUGUGUGUCCAUGAAGAGUGAAAGAUCCAUAAAUCCACCUCCUGUUUUCAGUGAUGGCCUCAGUGAGAAAAAGAAUGUUCCCGUCCAGCAUCAGUUAAAAUGUGGAGUUUGUCAGCAGGUUCUGAGAGAUCCAGUCUACAUCAACUGUGAACACUGUUUUUGCAGAAACUGCAUAGGGAGCUACUGGGAUCAGUUCAGUUCAUCUGAAGAAUUUAAGUGUCCUCAAUGUAGAAAGAGAUCUAGAACACGACCUGUUCUGAAAACACAUCAACCAGUAGAUGAUAAACUGCAAAGAGUCAAAAACCAACACAAAACCAGCAUGAAGAACAAUUAUGAGAGGCUAUUUGAGGGAAUCAAACUACAAGAGAAUCAAACCCUACUGAACAGGAUCUACACACAACUUUACAUCAUAGAGGGAGAGAGUGAAGGGGUGAAUGAAGAACAUGAGAUUUUGCAGAUGGAGACAACACACAGAGCACAAGACACUCCAGUCUUGUGCAAUGACAUCUUUAAACCCUCACAUAAACAAGGAUAUGAAGAAAAAGACCAAAUUAAAACCGUUCUUACUAAAGGGAUUGCUGGAAUUGGUAAAACUGUCUCUGUGCAGAAGUUCAUUCUAGACUGGGCAGAGGGGAAAGCCAAUCAGGAUGUAGAUUUCAUGUUUGUGCUUCCAUUUCGAGAGCUUAACUUGAUUAAAGAUCACCAGUACAGUCUUCAUACGCUUCUUCUUGACUUUUAUCCUGAACUUCAAGAUCUUGACUUAAAAAUUUAUGAUGAAUGUAAAGUUUUAUUUAUCUGUGAUGGUCUGGAUGAAAGCAGAAUAACACUGAAGUUUUCAGACAGUGAGACAUUUUCUGAUGUGACUAAGACUUCAUCAGUGGAUGUGUUGAUGUCAUACCUCAUGAAAGGAGAGCUGCUUCCCUCUGCUCUCAUCUGGAUUACCUCCAGACCAGCAGCAGCCAAAUUGAUCCCAUCCAAAUACAUUGACCGUGUGACAGACAUUCAGGGAUUCACUGACCCCCAAAAGGAAGAAUAUUUCAGGAAGAGAAUCACUGAUGAGCAGCAAGCCAAUAGAAUCAUCACACACAUUAAAAGAUCCAAAAGCCUCUACAUCAUGUGCCACAUACCAGUCUUCUGCUGGAUCUCAGCCACUGUGCUUGAAAACAUUCUAAAUAAAGCUCUCUGUACAGAAAUCCCUCAAACUCUUACUGAAAUGUAUAUCCACUUUUUGCUCAUUCAGAUAAACAUGAGGAAUCAGAAGUAUGAAGACAGUGAUAGAGAGAAACCUGUUCAGUCCAACAGAGAAGUGAUUGUAAAACUUGCUGAACUGGCUUUCAAUCAGCUGAUGAAAGGUAAUGUCAUGUUCUGUGAGGAGGACCUGAGAGAGAGCAGCAUAGACAUCAAUGAUGCCUCAGUGUAUUCUGGGAUUUGCACUGAGAUCUUUAAGGAGGAAUCUGUGAUUCAUCAGAGAAGAGUCUACUGUUUCAUACAUCUGAGCUUUCAAGAGUUUUUUGCAGCAUUUUUCAUGUUUGUCUCAUUUUUACACAAUAACAGGGAUGUUCUGAAAUGGUUUCUGAGAGGAAAAUCCAAAGCUCUGUCUAGGAAUCUUCAUCUGGAUAUAAUUCUGAAAGGAGCAAUAAAUAAAGCCCUGGCAAGUAAAAAUGGACAACUGGAUCUUUUUUUGCGGUUUCUAAUGGGAAUCUCACUGGAUUCCAAUCAGAGACUCUUACAGGAUCUACUGACGCACACAGAAAACAGCUCAGAUACCAUUAAGAAAGUGAUCCAACACAUCAAGCAAGUCCAAAAAAAGAAUGUCAGUCCUGAACGAUGGAUGAAUCUCUCACACUGCUUGCUUGAAAUGAAAGACAGUUCUCUUUUUGAAGAAAUCAAGAGUUUCUUGAAAUCUGAACCAAAUAAAAAACCCCUUUCACUUCUACAAUGUUCAACUUUGGCAAACAUGAUCCUGAUGUCAGAGGAGAUAAUGGAUGAGUUAGAUCUUAGAAAGUAUAACAUAAAAUCAAGAGAUGGUCAACAGAGGCUGCUACCUGCUGUUAAGAACUGUAGAAAAGCUCUAUUUGCAAGCUGUAACCUUACUGAUCAGUGUUGUGAAACUGUAGCAUCAGCUCUACAGUCAUCAAACUCCUGUCUGAGAGAGCUGGAUCUGAGUAACAAUGACCUACAGGACUCAGGAGUGAAGCUGCUCUCUACUGGACUGAAAAGUCCAAACUGUAAACUGGAGACACUAAGGUUGUCUGGCUGUAUGUUGACAGAGGAGAGCUGUUAUUAUCUGGCUUCAGCUCUGAGUUCAAACCCCUCACAUCUGAGAGAGCUGGAUCUGAGCUACAAUCACCCAGGAGAAUCAGGAAUCAAGAUGCUCUCCAAUACAAUGAACAAUCCUAACUGCACGUUGAAGAUGCUCAAUAUAAAUCAUGGAGGAGAGAUCAGGAUUGUACCUGGACCACGAAAAUAUGCCUAUGAUCUCAUAAUGGAACCAAAUACAGCUCACACUUAUCUCGCUCUGUCUGAGAAGAACAAGGUGGUGACAUACAUGAGAGAUGAGCAGUCAUAUCCUUAUCAUCAAGAGAGAUUUGACAAUCACACCCAGGUUCUGUGUAAAGAGAGUCUGUCUGGUCGCAGUUACUGGGAGGCUGAAUGGAGUGGAGAUGCUGAUAUAUCAGUGGCAUAUAAAGGAAUCAGCAGGAAAGGAGAGAGUGAUGACUGUCUGUUUGGAUGCAAUAAAAACUCUUGGAGUCUGUUCUGCUCUAAUGACAGAUUUACUGCACGUCACAAUAAUAAGAAAACUGACAUACGUGUCGCUUCAGGUUCCUGUAGGAGAGUAGGAGUGUAUGUGGACGUGCCAGCUGGCACGCUGUCCUUCUACAGAGUCUCUGACACACGCAUUCUCACGCACUUGCAUACAUUCACCUCCACGUUCACUAAACCUCUCUAUGCUGGAUUUGGGCUUUAUUUCCUCACCUCAGUGUCUCUGUGUCAGAUUUCUGUUUGUGACAACAUACCCAUGCCUGACUAAAUGCCAGAAGGUAAAUGUAUUUGGUCUUUCUCCAUUUGGAAUCCUCCCUCCAUUACCUGUUAUGUUUAAAAAUUGCUUCCUAAGGCAGUUUUAUCUUGAAGUGUCUUUAAAGGGGUCAUCGGAUGCAAAACUCUUUGUAAUCAAGCCAUUCUCAGUUUCUUGUUGGUAUGACUUUUUCAGAUUUUAGAGAACCCAAA